GGCGGCUCCGCUGCUCACCGAGGCCGGGAACAGUCCGACCGGAUCCCUCCGCCGUCUGGAGGCUGGAGCUCGACCGAACAGCGCCCCGCGGAGGGUCCUAUCUGCUGCGGGGGACCAGGAGGCCCGGGCCCGCAGCCAGCAGGAGGAGGCCCCGCCGCCGCCUCGUUCUGACCCAGAAACCAGCACCGACAGCCGGGCUGCCUGUCAGCCAGAAGGCCGGGUAGCCGCUGGCCGCUCCGGGGCUCGCAGGGUGGCGCCGCGGAACUCCGUUAACGGGACUAUUUUCACCCACUCAGCCUUAUUCUCCUUUUUAUCAAUAAUCCCAGAGAUCUCUCCACGCUAGCGGGUUAUAACGACCUUCCGGACCUCGGGGGGCUGGUGGAGCUAGCUCCGGGCUAGCGGCUCCGGGCUAGCGGCCCCAGGCAGCCUCUCUCCCGGCACACUCACCGCCGGACCCCGGGGCCUCCUCUCCGGUUACCGGGGCUUCCUCUCCGGUUACCGGGGCUUCCUCUCCGGUUACCGGGGCUUCCUCUCCGGUUACCGGGGCUUCCUCUCCGGUUACCGGGGCUUCCUCUCCGGGUACCGGGGCCCAGACACCGACCAUGGCCGCCCUGAUCAAGGAGAUCGUGAGCAGGAAUAAGAGGAGAUACCAGGAGGACGGCUUCGACCUGGACCUCACCUACAUCUAUCCCAACAUCAUAGCGAUGGGUUUCCCUGCCGAGCGGCUGGAGGGCGUCUACAGGAACAACAUCGACGACGUUGUGCGGUUUCUAGACUCAAAGCACAAGAAUCACUACAAGAUCUACAAUCUAUGUGCGGAGCGACAUUAUGACACUUCAAAGUUUAACUGUCGAGUUGCUCAGUACCCGUUCGAGGACCACAACCCACCGCAGCUGGAGCUGAUCAAGCCGUUCUGCGAGGACCUGGACCUGUGGCUGAGCGAGGACGAGCAGCACGUGGCUGCCAUCCACUGUAAGGCGGGAAAAGGUCGUACGGGCGUGAUGAUCUGCGCCUACCUGCUGCACCGAGGAAAGUUUCAGGAAGCUCAGGAGGCGCUGGACUUCUACGGAGAGGUCCGCACCCGGGACAAAAAGGGUGUGACGAUCCCCAGUCAGAGGCGUUACGUCAUCUACUACAGCUUCCUGCUGAGGAACCAGCUGCUGUACAAACCUGUCGCUCUGCUCUUUCACAAGAUGCUGUUUGAAACCAUCCCCAUGUUCACUGGAGGCACCUGCAAUCCUCAGUUUGUGGUGUACCAGCUGAAGGUGAAGAUCCACACGUCAAAUCCCAACAACACCCGGCGGGAAGACAAACUGAUGCUGUUUGAGUUCCCUCAGCCACUUCCUGUCUGCGGAGACAUCAAGGUGGAGUUCUUCCACAAGCAGAACAAGAUGAUGAAGAAGGUUCUGUCUUUCCAGGAAAAGAUGUUCCACUUUUGGGUGAACACCUUCUUCAUCCCGGGGCCGGAGGAGAACCUUGACAGACUGGAGAAUGGGAGCGCCGGGACGCCACGGGAACCGGCUGACAGAACGCCCCAGAACCCGGCGAUGAUGAUGACGGCAACGACGAUGAUGAUGACAGGAGAAACCAAUGACAGAGACUUCCUGGUCCUCACGCUAACAAAGAAUGACCUGGACAAGGCCAACAAAGACAAGGCCAACAGGAACUUCUCCCCAAACUUCAAGGUGAAACUGUACUUUACGAAGACGGUGGAGGAAGGAGCGAACUCUGACGCCAGCAGCACGUCGGCCUCGGUGACGCCGGACGUCAGCGACAACGAACCGGAUCACUACCGCUACUCCGACACCACGGACUCGGACCCGGAGAACGAACCGUUCGAAGACGACCAUCACAAUCAGAUCACAAAAGUCUGACACACAAACACAUACAAACGCACACACACACAAUGCACACACACACACACACACACACACACACGCUGUCACAUACACAUACAGAUAUAUAUGUGUAUAUAUAUAUAUAUAUUCAGUAUGUUUACACACUCAUGACCCCCCAAACUUAAGACUUGCGUGUUAUUAGCUAACGGGGGAAUAUAACCGAUGGACCACAACUGAUCUGCGGGACUCAAAGAGCUCAGAUCAGUCUAUAAGGAUCCCCCUCCCCCCCCUUCCUCCCCCCUUAAAAAAAUCUUCUGCACAGCUGGACAAUCACAUGGCAUGGCAUGGCGGUCGGAGGCGAGGAGGGCGGGCGUAAAUGUGGGCGGGGCCAGGCCGGGCAAUCGGAUGGCGAUGGACAAUAAGACAGAUGAAUGGACAGACAGGAGAUUUAAAAAAAAAUAAAGGAGUAAAACUUGAAUAUAAACAAACUGAAAGACAAGUAGACUUCUUUAGUGACUACACCAAGAUGUUUGUUGGAUAAACCCCCGUGUGUCCUCCCUUCCUUCCUUCCUCACCCGUUGUAGGAAACUUUAUGCAGACCAAUCUUUUUCUUUUAUAUAUUUCUUCAGCUUCGUUAAGCUGUUUCAGAGAGUUGACUCUUCUCUCAGUGUGCUCACGUCAAAACCCAAAACUCAUCUUAAACUCCCCAUCACAAUGAUAUCUCCAUUAGAUCUGCACUAGUUUUUGGUAUAAAUGAGGCCGUCAUUAUGGUUUAAAUCUGAAGAGUUUGCAUCAAGGUGGAACUGAAACGCAAUUUGGACCAUUGAAGGAAAUUAAAGUAAUGAAAUUAUAAAAUCAGAAUAACGAUGAUGAUUGUAAUAAACCAUCACACUUAAAUUUAGAAUUGAUAGUAGUGCCAAUUGAAGUUGGUGAGCCAGGUGCAUUAUUUUGUUUGUCCGGACAUUAUUGAUGGUUUUCCUGAUCAUUUUUUAUGUUCUGGCAAAUCAAAACACAACUCUGGUCUUCACCGGACAGAGCAGACUGGACUGGACCAUGCUGAGCCGGUUUGGACCAGUCUGGAAUACUCUGAGCCAGUUGGCUUACUGCUUCAAACCAGUUCAAACCGACUCAGACAGCUUCAGAAUAAUCCAGUUUGUACAGAGUUGGGUGGACCGGUCUCAGCCAGUUCAGGCCAGAGUUCAUCAGAAGUCUGACCCCUUUAAAAAAAACUGAACUCUGGUAUUCUUUUAUCUCAGGGUUCACACCCUGAUGAAGUCUUUAAUGUGUUCUUGACAUUGGGAACUACCAAAGAACUUAAGAGCCCUCCAAACUAUGUUGUCCCAGUCUUGGGUCCUGUUUGGACCAAGCUGAACCAGUCUCGUUGCUGGUCUAUACCAGGUUUUGGCCAGUUUGAGCUGGUCUGGACCGGCACACAGAGAGAAGUGACAGCCCUGAAGAAGAUGAUGAAGAAGAGAAACUUCAUAAUCUGCUGCAACCCUGUCAAUCAUCUACUGUUGAAAACAAACCUACAGUACAAACCUACUGUGAACAAAUGCUAUUACUACUUUUCUGUCCGUCUGUCUUCAGUUUUGCACAGAACGAUUCUCUUCAUCCCUUCAAUCAGCUCCUACACUUACAGAAAUGUAUUUUUGUUACACUCUGAUAUCAAACAUUAAGCUAAAUAACAAACAACGUACACACAGUAUAACCAUUCCUCCAGCUGGAUCUGUUCGUAAGCUAUACACCUGUGUAGGUAGCACACCCUGACACAAACUAGCAGGAACCUACGACUCCAGAGCGCUUGGUUCUGACGCUCCUGGGACGCCAGGCGGGUGCUUUAUAAAGGGCACUUCGCUGAGUAUUGAUGCGUAUCUCCAGGCAGUCCAUCCAUGAAAGCCUGUUGGGCUCAUGUUGUGCUGAUUUCUGUCAAGUUGAAAGAUUCAGUCCUUUUAUAAAGCUGCUCAAACUUGGGUUGGUGACCCAACGUGGAUUUGCGUUAGAUAUAUCUAAGACGGUUAGAGUGAUGUUUGCCUGAUAGAUUUUUAGUAAAAAUAUAAAAGGUAAAGAUCAUGGUCCUCUGUGGUCUUGGUGUAUUUUGGAGAGAAACCCUGUGUCUGACCAAGGUUCCAGAAAUGUGUUUGAGAACGUUCUUGAAUCAGCGGCUGCUGACCAAACGGCUUCUAGCAGGUUUUGUCUUGAGAGUCACGAGGUUCGGCCUCAGCUCGUCUUUGGUUUCUGACAUUUCAAAAAAGGGUGAUGCUCUAUAACUACUAUUACUCUGUCCAUAGACUAAUAAUCCUUUUACUUCUUCUCGGCGUCAUUUAGGCACUCAGAUUCUUGCAAACUUUACCUUUAAUGCAAGGGAUGACCGUUUGAGGAUCACAGUAGCAUUACAGCAGCUUUGAGACGACUGCGUCUGGAUUCAAGAGAAGGAAACGAACAUUCGGGAUGUUCCUAUUCAUCCUUUUUAAAAUCAUUGGCUAAGUUAUAGCAUCAGAGGAACCCAAAACUAAUCAUCACUCGGUUCCUGGUCUUUGAUCUCUUUCUGGAUGUCGGAGUGUUAGGGCUCCCCUUUUCAACAGCAACAAGCUCAAAAAGAGAAAGAAUGGAACGGUUAUAUUUUGGAUGCACCUUCUCUAAAGGAACCUCCAUGAUUGAUUUCAGUUGGCUGUGUUUGCGUCAUCUGAGUGAUAAUCAAAGGCAGUUUGUUGAUGGGAGCAUCCCUGAUGGUCAUCUAAAGGAGCUUCUGACCAGGUCAGGCGUGGGUAGAACUUUUAGUCCUGAUGUCUGAUUUCCGUCCUAACAUUUGGUGCUACUACCUAUCAUCGGCUCUGCGUCGGUCCUGUGGUUAUUGAUUGUUCAUCAUAGGUUUUGGUAUCUAGAUUCUUUGAUUGGGUCUUGAGAGUUCCUGUUGUUGGCCCUGUAGGCCUGGCUAGACCCCGAUCACACACGAUGCACUUGAAAACAUUAAUAAAAUCAACACUGACUCUGCACAGCUGCAGACAGAAUCGUUGACAUGUUCGUAGUUUCAGAAUGGUCCCCGAACUCAAAAGAGUCAACGCACUGAAAGACAAUAACGUUGAGCAUGUUUGGUUACGAUCUGGAUGUGGUGUUUAGGAUUGGGGAUGGCGAAGCAGAGGACGAAGAGGGACCAACCCGACAGAAACAAGGAUCAGAAGCUGCUCUGAUGUCCUGAGAGACCUUUCAAUUGAUUAAAAUGUCUUUGUUUAGAAAAAAAAUAGGAAGCCAAGAGAUUUUCAAGCAGAACUAAGAAUGGGAAUGCCGUCUUUGAGAGUCAGUCAGAAGAGAUGUUUGCAGCUAGACGGCUUGUUUUCUGUACUGAAGGAAACUGGAAUGGGCUUUCCAACCAUCACUGGGUCUGAAACCACUGGGUGACUUAAGUAGAACUCAGAGAUCCUUGAAGGAACAAGUAAAAUAAAGAAAAGUUGCAUCCUGUGUGAUCAUGUCUGGAGGCGUAGCUCCCUGUGCUAACAGGAAGUGGUUUUGAAAAGCCAUGCCGGGUCGAGGUGCUAAGCUAAGCUAGCUAAACGGGGUGAUAAUGGGCCUGUUGUCCAUCUGUGGUGCUCUCUACCAGCCACAAGUGUUCGUCCAGUCUCCAUCUGUGACGCCAAGCAGCUCCGUCGCCAGCGAUGCGAUCUAUCCACAAGCUCUGUUUGUGUAUUUUUACAACAACAACAACAACAACAACAAACAACGCACUUCCUGUCCUGAGUCCUGUUAGGUGCUGUCAAGCCUGGCCUCAUCUCCUGUAGACCCGUUCAGACAUGACGGUGUGUUGACUCGUUCAGUGGAGGGCUUAAAACCUGCACCAGUUACCCAGAAACCAUAAUCAACUAUUGGAAUAUGGCAAUAUUGGUUGAUUCCAUAUUUCUUGGGUACUUUUAGAAACAAACCACAGUUUAACAACUACAACUACUUGUCUCUUGCCGCAAAUUCUGCUUUAAACUGUGUUGGUGUGUGAAUCCAAUGAGGCCAAUGUGUACAAACUAUUAUUUGUAGGACUGAGGCGUUGAUGGCCAAGCCUCCCAAACCAGCCACCAACAAGCUGAUUGUUGGAGCUGACAAAGAGAAAAGAUGCAUGUUUUAAAAGAACAAAGCCAAGCAGAUGUCUCCAAACAAUAUCCAAGUUUGCAUCUUUCAGCCUUGAAGCUGAUCAUUGAAUAUUUUAUGUAUAGUCUGAGUUUUAGUCCCUCUGGUUGAACGCUGCCAUGCUGGCGUGCUCUGAACGGGUGUGAGGUGUUUGAGGCCAGACAGGUGCUGUCCACAUCCUUUACUGUUUUAGGUGCUCUGUCUCUUCUUCUUUUCACCCUUUUUACAGUUAAAAGCUCGCAGAUAAGAUUUCCAAGUCCAACUGGGAGAUUUGGAGUUAAUCAGUGGAGAAUUAGGAAGAGCGAUUUCUCCUUGACUCAAAGUUUGGCAACAGACAUCCGGCGUAACCGAUAAUAUACAAUAACAGUGGUUUUUAAAUCAAAUGUCCAGGAUCCAGCCUGAUGUCCAAGGUUCCUCCACAGAUCCAGAAGGUCAGGCAGAGAACAGGUGGAGGAAAACCUUGAAUUCAAUGAUCAGUGGCUCCAUGUUUGCCGUUAAUGUUGAAAUCAGCCAUGUUUCCAUUGAAGUCAACGACUAUUAACUCUGGACUUUGUAAAGGAACCUUGAACUUUGAAUUGAACCAUUAAAAACUCUGGAUAAUGUUAAGUUUUACACUCAGACUUCACGGUUUCUUCAGUGAGAAAGCUUCUCUGUUUGUCUGUUUCAGCUUCCACUCUUUUCUGUUUACAUCACCAAACCUGCCAAAAUGAAGCUCUUUUUUAAACUUAAAAAUAACGUGUUUGUUUGUUAGUUAGUUUGGAGUUGACAAGGUAAACAUGGUCGAUGUUCAUGUUUGUUCUUCUUUUUGCCUUAAGGUGCGGUCACAUUAGCCCGCUGACCACCAGAGAGACCCUCACCGCUGGUCAUUGUUCUAAAAACAGACGUAGAAUAGUGAGCUCGACACUUCAAACCCCAUGUUUGACUUUUUAUUAGCUGAACAUGCAGAUUCAGGAAGUGGAAGGUGAACUCUCUGUCAGACAGCUAGAGGUCACACUACCUACUCCCUUGGUUUUUAACAUGGCUUUUGAUCUGCAUUUUGACCUUUUUUUGAAAACUUCAUCAUAAAUUAGGAAACAUUACAGACGGACAUGUCUGAAACUGGUCCCACAGAGUCAUCUCAAUGAGCAGCAUUGAGGCAGGAGAAGUCUCUCCUAAAGGAGGAACCUUGAAAGGAACCUUAAAAGGAACCUUGAACUUUGAACCCUCUGCCAAACAGACGGCUGAAGAUGCCACAGAGGCAGGGAGCUUUUUUGCUGGUUCCUGAUUGGACAACAGCUUCUUUUCUUUUUUUAAACAAAGACGAGAAAAUCUGUUUUCAAAUACACCAUGAACGCGUGAAUGAGGCCCGAAACAGAAACAGAAUUCUUGAAUUAGUAGUUGUGUUUUUUAGAGGCGGGGCAGGUGUUUGGCGGCCGGCGGAGUCAUGUGACCGUACCUUCACUUGAAGCCAACAGCAGUUUUCUGCUCCUUUGAAAAGUCUCUCUGCAUCUCAAACUUGAAACAUUUUCAAUCCCAGUCGGAUCUUUGUCAGGUCAAAAUGUUUAAAACAAACAAACAAACAAACUAUGAUGUCAUCAACCAGGUGAUCAACAUCUCAAAGUGUUUCAAGUGGAAGUUUUCUAUCUGAAAACUAAAUGAUGCGAGUGUCCUGCUAGUGUUAAUACUGACAUUUCUUAUGAAAAAGUUUAAAAAGCAUCAUUUAGAGGUUUGCUAAGUCCCGCCCUCCUGGGUUGCUGUUGCUAAUCUUUCAAUCUGUCUAUUCUCUUUUUUUUUAACAGAAUUCACAGUAUUUAAAUGAUGGCUCCUUCAUUUCAGACAAAAAUAGACAAAAUAAUUUCAUCUCAUCUUCAUCAGCUGAUUUCCAUCUACUGCUUGCUAAAGCUACCGAGCUAAUUAAGCUAACGUUAGCGCCACUCGAUGGUUGAAAACUAGACUGACACUUUAAUGUUUCAAACUGACAAAUACUAUAUGUGAACUUGAUAUCAUGCUAACAGGCUAAAGCUAACUGUAAGUAGUUUAUGUUGCUGAGAUAUGAUUGGACGAUCACAGCUGGGGGCGGGGUUUAGUGACUUCAAUGAAAACUGGAUUGUUAUUAUUUUGAACAUGUUGACCUGAUGAAAAUCCAAAAAAACGUUUUAAAAGGUUUUUUUUUUAUUUUGUUUGUUUUUUCGGACUGAAGUUUUUGGAGCAGAAUCUUGUUGUCGUUUAGUUUCAGGGUUCCACUCAGCGGUCCACUUUGUUUUUGUUUAUGAUGAUGAUUGUCUUGUUUUUAUUUGUCAAUAAACAAACAGAAAAGUCACCACAACGACCGGCCUGUAACCGCGGAAACAUUUCAUGUUAAACUGACCCCCCACCCCCCCGACACCACCCACUUCUUUUACUCUUUCCCUUUUUGUUUUAUAAUGAAAUAAAAACACUGUAAAGGUGAAUAAACUAUUUAUAAACAUC